CCCACCCACCCCCUGUUCUCAAAGGAAAAAAAAAAUACUCCCUUUUCCCCCUUAUCCGCCGGCGACGAGCUCGAGCGCGGCGCUCGAGUUGUUUUCUACUACAGUCGGCGGAGGCGGAGGCGGCGCCGGCGGAUACGGAUCCUGCGAGCGUGGACAGCAGCGGCGGCGGGGGCCCUGGGCGGGCAGAUCAAGCAGCUCAUGCAGCGCCGCCGGCUCGCCGAGCAAGAGGGAGAGUCUGUCUCUUGCUACUGCAGGGUAGAUGGGGGCCUUAAAACUGUCGUCAAUGCUAGAAAGUUUGUCCCUGGUGCUAGGCUGUGCAUGCAACCUGAUGUUAAACCGAACAAGCGCAAGACAAGGAGCUCACGCAAGGAGAGGUGCCGAAAUCAGGCGCCGCUUCUGCCUGGCCUUCCUGAUGACCUGGCUAUUUCAUGUCUGAUGCGGGUUUCUCGAGCCGAGCACCCUAAUCUUCGUUUAGUCUGUAAAAAGUGGAGCCGACUUUUAUCUGGGAAUUACUAUUACUCCCUGCGGAAGAAAUUUGGCAUGGCAGAAGAAUGGGUUUACGUCUUCAAAAGGGAUCGUGAUCAGAAACUGUCUUGGCAUGCCUUUGAUCCAGCGCACCAGCUCUGGAGGUCACUUCCUCCAGUUCCACCAGAGUAUUCGGAAGCCGUGGGCUUUGGUUGUGCUGUUCUCAGUGGCUGCUAUUUGUACCUAUUUGGUGGCAAAAACCCAGUACGGGGGUCUAUGAGGCAUGUUGUGUAUUACAAUACUCGGACAAACAAGUGGCACCGGGCUCCAGAUAUGCUACGGAAGCGGCACUUGUUUGGCUCUUGUGUCAUAAACAACUGUCUCUAUGUUGCCGGCGGGGAAUGUGAAGGGACACAGAGAACUCUGAGGUCUGCUGAGGUUUACAAUCCGAACAGGAAUAGAUGGUCUUGCAUCACUGAAAUGAACACAGGAAUGGUGCCGUUCACUGGAGUUGUAUAUGAUGGCAAAUGGUUCCUGAAAGGACUUGAUUCCCACCGCCAGGUUGUGAGCGAGGUCUAUCUGCCAACAUCCAACACGUGGUCAACCACUGGUAACGCACUGGUUGCAGGCUUGCGGAAUCCAACCAUUUCCUUUAACGGUCGUCUUUAUUCAGCGGAUUGUCGGGAUGCCUGCAAGCUAAGAGUUUAUGAUGGGGACAUAGGAUUGUGGACAAGAUUCAUGGACAGCAGACACCAUCUGGGCAGCUCACGAGCUUUUGAAGCCGUGGCUUUGGUCUCACUGAAUGGAAAGAUCUGCGUUAUCCGUAAUAACAUGGGCAUGACCCUUGUUGAUGUCUGUGACCCAACGACAGUUAUUGAGUUUGAGAGUGCCCGUGUGUGGGAGACUUUUGCCCGGAAGGGCCACCAGCACAGGUCUUUGAUGGCGAACUUGUGGUCAGCAAUUGCAGGUCGUAAUUUGAAGGCCCACAUCAUACAUUGUCAAGUUCUCCAAGCUUGAAUGUAUCUGCCUGUUUAGUGGAAACAUGUUCAAAUGUAUUGUACUUACUUUUUUGCUGGAAAGAUGCUCAGAUUUUGAAAGAACCCCUCGGCUAGAACAUAUCUACUGGUUGCAUUCCUACAAAUUCUCAAGAGAUUUUGACCAAGUUGCAUGAUGUUUAUGAAAGGGGAGACUGGAGCUGACGGCAGUCUUCAUUGCGAGAUGAACAGGAACCUUCCGUAGCACCAAUUUUGGUUGGCCGAUGCUGCUGGCGAUAGGCAGCAGAAGAUUUCACCUGAGCCAAAUGUCCAUGGAUGUGUUUUUCUUGCUUUUUGGCAGAUUAGGCAUGCCAAAAAAUGUGCUGUAGCAGCAGACUAGACUUAUGUAAGAAAUGUAAUACAAGUGUCUUUGGUUUGUGCCAAAACCAACCUUAGCAACAAGUUUUGUUUGAAUGAUUUGGGCACAAACCAAUGCACACCCUAGAUCAAUCUUAUGAUUAUUAUGCUUUGGAAUCAUCUUUGCUGCCUGGCAGCUUUUCGCAUCUGACAAGUGGAUGUGUAUUGUGGGUGAAAAUGAUUAUCCGAGAUA